AUUCAUUCUUUCGCAAAACAUGGCUUCGUGGAAGUGUGCUGUGUAUGGCGUUGUGGCAACUCUAAUCAUAGCUUUAAUAAUUUUACUGAAUUUUGAUUUUCUACCGAAAAGAAAAUUAUCUGAAGAACUAGAGCUAGCGAAAAAAAGUCGUCACAAAGGGCCCGUUACUCCCACUGGCAUUACAACGUUAAGAACAAGCACUUCGACAGUGGAGAAGGUGAGGCGAUUAAGAUUAAUAUUUUAUGUUUGUUGCGGGUUUUUAUAUAGAACAAUUUACCGAGCGUUUUCUUGUUAAGAUAGAAAAUAUGUUUCCAGUGCUUAUCAUUGCUAAUCUGCGGAACAAAUUCUGAAGGUUCUAAGCAGUCAUUUUGCUAAAACAAAUCCUUGAUCUGAGUAUAGCCAACGAAAUCCCGGGGUUUUGCAGUCUCUAUGAAAUUCGUCGAAUGUUUCCCUCGUUAUGAUAACGGUGUGUAUUAAAGUGGGUAGUUAUUACAAAUAGCUAGUCUAUUUCUUCUUCAUGCUGUAUUCAUGUUGUUGUUGUUGCUUCUUAUUAUUAUCUGUGCUCUUUGGUUUCAUACACAACACAACAUUUUUCAGCACAAUUGCUGCAUGUUCCCCACCCCCUCAGUCCAUGGCAAAUUUAGAAUAGAUACCGGUAAUUAUUUCAUUACCCUAUUUUAUCGCAGUGAUUUGUGAAGCUAAAUGAAAGGGAUAUUUUCUGGAACAGACUAUUUUUUUUGUACGUUAAUGUUUAUUUGAGAGAAAAUAAGCAGUGGCUUACAUUACAUGCAUGUGAUCACCCCAUACAAAUAGUGCAAAAUCUAAGUUCACGGCUUAUUCAACCCACGGCCAGCUCAAGCUAUGGCUUAUCUUGGCCUAGGAGUUUCGGGCUGUGCUUAUCCAAGCGUUGGCUCACCUUGGACGUGAAAGUGUUUGUUUAAGUGGACUUAAACAUUGCAUGCAGCUUGCUAGAGCUGUGAAUGACUGCUGCACUUGCACUGUUUUGUUACUGUAGCCCACAAACUUCCAUUUGGAUUUGUUCCUGCUCAUUCACUGAAAGUGAAAAACGGCAAGCACAUGGAAAAAGUUCAAACUUUUCAAAAAGAAAGAGUCACCAAAAAGAAGAAGAAGAGUUGUUAGAGUGCUACAGAAGAGAGGCAAAUUUUUGUUGUAGCUAAUUUUUUAUCUCAGGUAAUUUUUAUUUUUCUUUUGUUUUAACUUCAUUAGCAUACAUUACCGUACCCCAAAACAAAAGAAAAACAAAAAUUACCUGAGAUUAAAAAGUAACUACAACAUUUUCCCGUUGGAAAUGUGAGAACUCGAAAAUGAGGUGCCAAAACAGAUUGCAUCGUCAUUUCAAAGGACUGGUUGGCCUCUAAGUUGUGAAGCAUUAAUACAAGCAGUUUUCUUCUUAAUAAAGCCAUUUUCCUUGACUGCCUUAUGCAAGCCAUGGCCAUAGUAAGCUGCUGCUUGUUUUGCUCUUGAAAAACCAUGUGUCCAUAAUUUGAUACAGAAGACUAAACUUUGCUUUUCAGGAUGAAAAUGUAAAGGUGUCAGUUACUCAAUAUUUAAAAGACAUAAUGAACUGGAGUUGUACUGAGGACUAUUCACAUAUGGUAAUAAUUAUUUAUAAUGUAUUUAAUUAAUGUUCAGAAAAUCAUUGCAGUUAUAGAUGCAAAAAGAAGGCAGGAAAAAUGUUAAGUUCACAUCUUUUUUAGGGAUUGUGCAACAAUGCUGUGUUUAUAACUUUAAUGAUCUCCGUCACAUUAAUUUUAGUUCAUCGUCUUGCAAUUGGUACUGUAUGAUUUGCAUAUACAGUAAAAACCCGCAACUAAGGACCUGGUUUUUAAGACCCUUUCAGGCUAAAAUUUAGCCUAGAAUUUGAAACAGUUUCUUAUUUCGUAAAAUCUCUUUAAAAAUUCUGUACACUUGCACAAGUAAGAUAAGUCAACAUUCAGGGUGAUUCCUCUUUGGAGACAUACUGUAGGUGCACUCUCCUCCGUAGUGGCUCCCACUGUGUAUCACAAUAAAAAUAGCAACAAUUGAAAAAUAGAAAGCGCACAGGGGACGAUGGGAAGAGGUAAAAGGCGGGAGCCUCUGCCAUAUUAAUAAUGCAUUCAAGAUGGCGCCGGAUCCUCUCUUGUCUCUUCCCCCACGCACUUCCUUCCGUUUCUUUCUCCCCAGCCUCCCUACAACACAAAGAGGCCUCUACGGAGGAGAGAGCAGUAGGUACCUUAUCACUCCAACUGCAAUGUAAUGGUAUGCAGGGUUACAUAAGCAAUGAGCUGAAUACCAUUAAAUACUUUUAGCUACAAGGUUUUUUUUUUCAGAAAAUAAGAACCUAAUAAGAACCUGUUUUGGCGAACUUGGGGAAAAUGCAGGUUCCUAGUCUUGAAAGGGUUUUUGCUGUAUUUUUGUUUCAUGUUUAUUUUUCAUGUUUCUCUAGCUCUGUCCACAACAUUCCUGUAGCUUCAAUACCCUUCUUGUUUACCUAAAAGUGAUGGUUGCCUACUUUCUCAUUUUCCUAUUUCUAUAGCCAAAGUUUCUGCAAAUUAUUCAUGUGUCAGUGUGCUAUAGCAGAUGUCUCAAGUGUAAAUCAUUUUAAUAAUUUUGGAAAUAUUCACAAUUAUUGUGUUUAGGACCAUCUUCCUGAGCUGACGUUUGAGGAUGUUAAAAAUGUUACAUGGAACUGCAAUAAUUAUCCCCAGACGCCACAGGUAUGUUUCUCAUACUUAAUACCUUAUGGGAUCCCUGGAUUGUUUUUUGCAAAAUAUACUCAUAAUGUAAACAUACCAGUACUUUUACCCAUUCUAAAAGCUUUAGAAACUUGGCAAAUACAUGCAAAUUUUCCGAUUCAUACAUGUAUAAAAUUAAUACUAAAUGGCUUCUGUUCAUUACUAUGAAUUCUUGUUACUCUAUUUGUAGUCAUGAUACUGCUGUUUUAAGAAAACAAACUGCUCUGCUUAUUAGGACUGCUUGAGACUGUGUAGUGUUGUUUCUGGCAUAGUUUCAAUUUGCAAAUCUGUAAAUGAUAAUUUUUCCUGAAGUAUCUAAUACUCCUAACAAAAAGCCUGUGAAAAAGACCUCUUAAAAUGCAGAUUUAAGACUGCAUGAGAGAGCUAUUUUUUUCAAAAUGGCAAGUUGACUGCCCUUGGUAAAAAAAAUGGUCGAAGCAUGUAUAGUACUUCCAGUUAACCCUGGGGCACAGUUGUUUCCUUUCCUUUAUUCAGUUUGGUUUAACUGUGGUGGUGGGGGGGGGGAGGAGGUAUUUGGCAUGUGAAAACAUAUCUGGGGGAGUACAGUCUGAUUGUCGAGUGUUCAAAAAAAAUAACUUUCCAACCCUACUCCAAGGGCUAAGCCUUUCUGUAGUUCACAUGGCCCUAGAUGCAUAAUGAACUUAAGUUAAACUGUGUCAAGCUGCAGCUAACAAUGGUGUGAUCUAAACGAUUUUGCUUUGUAUGUUGUGGUAUAGGCCAUAGAAGAAAAUGCGACAAAAUCCAUGUGUUAUAACUAUGAUGAUGUAAGUAUUUCAAACUACAUUUGCCCUCUACUGUACACCUUAUUCCAAAAUGGUAGCAAUACUACUUUCAUUUCCGUUUACGUUAUCUUUGUAUCAUGCAGUCAUAACAAAGUUUAAAAUAACAUUGUAAUAAUUUUGAAAGUGUUUUCUUCUCUGCACACCUACAUCCGUAAUUUAUGACUGUAAUAUAUCAAGCAUGAGAUCCAGUGUUUCAUCACCAGAUGAAAUACAGAGAAGAGAGUUGAAAAUACGACACACAGUGGAGUAUUUUUCAUGAACUUUGAGGUGCUUCAUAUGUUGAUGAAACACUGUGUCAAAUAGCCUGUGAACAGGCUCUCUGUCUGGGGAAAAAAAUAGCAAGGAAAGGGAAGGGAAGGGGGGAGAGAGCCUGUAGACACACGUUUGAGGCCGCUAUUCCGCCCUCUUGUAAUUAUCUUGCCGAACAUCUGUCAGCAAGAUCGUUAUCUGUCAAUCAAUUUCGCGCGUGAGUAACUCCUAGGAAAAUUAUUAUUAAAAGGGAAAACAUCCGUGUUUUGCUUCGUCUCAAAACAAAGUGAAAUGGACCGCGAGCCUAAUUGUCGAUUUUGAAAAAAAAAUCGUUGAUCUCCGUAAGAGAAUUAAUGCGGUGCCGGUCGUUGGCGUUUCAAGAAAAUAAGACCUUGCUGGUUGACAGUGGCCAAGACAGCGUUGUACUAAGCGCAAGCAUUUGAUUGCUCAAGAUUUCCUCUUGUGCAAGGAGAAAGCUUUUCGAUUUAAAGCUGCUUAACUUGUGCUCAUCGCGCCGUUCGUCUUGCUAGUUCAGUUUCUAAUUCAACAAGCCCCUGCAAUGAGCGAACUUGGAAUGCGAAAGGUACAGAUACUAUCAUGACUUCUCCAGAACGUGAACCUCCAAAGACAAUUACAAAAAGAAAUCAACAGCGCUUGAUCGCCGACAGAAAUUACACCUUAGGGUAUUUAUCCGCAUUUAUAGCAAUAAAAGAGGGCGGUAGGCCUACACGGCGUUUACCUCACGCCAAAAUGCUGCCUGUUCCCAUAAGUUUUUCCUCUGCUCGGUAGAUUAUGCUCUGGAAGGUUCUACAUUUUCACUAAGCAAAUAUGGUUUUAGCCGCUGGUUUCACACUGAGAGGUCAUGGCAUACAUAUCGAUUUACUGUGGUUUUUGUCUCUGGUCGGCAGGAUUUGCCCUCUCUGAUGCAAGAGCAUUUUCUUUGACCUCUUUUGAAGCGCAAAGCUUUUCAUUGCGGCUGAAUAAGGGUCGUGCCCACUCUCCAAAGUGCCCUCUGGAUCUGAAUAACUAAGCGAUUUUCUUUAGUCCGUAAAUGUAAUGUUUUUUCUGAAAUGUUGUAUCACGCUGGGCCCAGGUCGUUAGUUUUCUUUGCAGAAUGUUUAAAAUGAUCACGGAUAGUAAUUUACAGAUCCAAAGUUAUAAGAUUCAAGUGCAGCUUAAACCCAAGCUACAUCAACUAUGGAGAAUUGCAUUUUGACUCGGUAAACUCCAGCCUAGUGUUUUUCUAUCCAUUAGAUAGUGUGAGUCUUUUGACUGGAGCGCGCGUAGUUCCUCCCUUGGUAAUAGCUUUUGAACAAGCUUAACAGUCUUUGGAGUGUUUUGUUAUUUCCAAACGCGUGUUACGUGCCGACCGAAAAGCCGAUGUCAAUCAGACCUUUCAACAGUCAGUGUUCUCGCCAAUAGGAACUUGCAUCAGGAUCUGAUGCACAGCGGGUGCCGUGGAACGGCGGUCCCAAAGGCUUGUCCACAGGCCUUUUCGCUUUUCCCUCUCCCUAAUUCCCCGCUCGACCAAAGGCCUGUUCACAGGCUAUGUGUCAAAUGCUUGAUAUUACUCCUCAAACAAAAUGAUUUUACAAGGAGAAAUUAAGGAUCCAAAAAUGAGCAUUUUUUCAUCUGAUUUCCAAACAAUCAUUAAACAUUUUUUUCCUUUGUAUUUUUUUUCAAUUAUUAAUGAGUUUGAGGAGGAGUUUUCAAACACUGUUUUUUUUUAAUGGAAAAGAAACAAGAGACAUUAUUACACUUUAACUCAUGCAAGCCUUUGACGACCUGAAACCACCACAGAAUAACGGAAUUGUGAUUCAUGUUCCAUUGAGUGUUUGUGCCUGAACCUGGAAAACGUUUCCUACUAGGAAUACAUGUAUGAAAAAAAAAAAAACAUACUUAAUGAAUUUUUUGGUUAGAGUUGGCUUUUUUUGUAAAAAGUCAAGAGAGAAAGGGUUUUUAUUACAAAAAUUGCGGACAUGUACGUCACUAUGUACAUAAUUAUAUUUGUGUUAUUUUUUCUUUUUAGCCAUUUGUUUGUGUACGAGACCCAUUGCACUGUCAUCACAGAGAAAAGAGGUGAGUUAUUUAAACAUAAAAUAGUAUUACUGCCAUCGCACAGAGUGAAGCAGUCCUUCUUCUAAUGUAAGAAGACACCGAAAACUUCGUAAGGGAUUAAUAACAAUAAUUAUUAUUAUCAUUAUCAUUAUUAUUAUAAUUAUACUUAUAAUUUAUAUUUAUUAUACUCCUAAAUAGUAUUAAUUAUUAGUGAGGAAGGGUUUAAUUUUCAGUCCCUCCAUGACGAUUAAUCAAUUAAUAUUAUGAGUAUACCACUUGUUGAGAAUAAAACAUGUUGUCCUAGCUAGCUGACAUAUCUUGCCAAUCUUAAUCUUACAUUUUGUUUCCAUGCAAAAAAAUAAUUACAGGUUUCAGAGACUGUAUUGUAAAAGAGGAGUGAAAGUGAUAAUAAAUAAAGUUGCAACCGUCUAAUAAAUUAUUUUCUCGUAUUUUAAGUGACAUGAGAUUUGUUACAAGGCCCCAGUAUGGAGAUUAUAAAUACCUUCCAAAGUCAUUGUGGCUUAGUGUUGUUUUGGUGAGUACAUACUUUUCUGUACUUGUGACACUAAGGGCCUGUUUACAUGGAGAUGAGAGUCCCCAGGUAGGUGAGGUAACCCAUGGCAGGUCACCCCACCUAUCAUGUAAACGUGAUCAAAUUAAAAUGAGAGAUGAUAUGGACAGGCGGGUUACCUCACCUACCUGGGGUCCCCCUCCUCCAUGUAAACAGACCCUAAUUUUGCAUUCAGACAUAGAAUGUUCUUCUUGAAAAGGAAAAUUUUUUACCAGCAGUUUACUCUCAAACUCAAAAUGUUAGCUUCUGAAUUGUUUUGUUGUGGACAAUCUAGUCUGUGAUACUCAGUUUUUUUAGUAAUUUCCUCACACAAAAAUACAGGGACAAAGCAAAAAGAAAUAAUCAUGAUAAUAAUAAUAGUAAUUAAGAAAGAAAGAAAGAAAGAGGGAAAAAGGUGCUAAAACCUGAACAGUGCCAAAUAGUUACAGAUCCACUUAAUUUUUACAGUGCUACUUAAUUACAAAUAGAUGCUAUUUAUGUUUCCUUAAAGAAUUGGUUAAGAGAAUUUGUUUGUAUAUCAAAGCUUUUCCCAUCAGGUGAUUAUUUUAUUAAUUCUCGCAACUUUUUCCCUUGAUUAUGUAUUGGUUUUGUUGGAAGAAAAUUGACUUAAACUGAACUUGGCCACUAUGUGGAGGUGUUCUUUGCCACUGUUAGUUCAACUCCACUACCAUACUUGAAAAUAGCCUAUUGGUUUGAUUCUUGGCGAGUGAUUUUUUUGCAGUUUUGUCCAUUUUGACAUUUCUUUGAUUAUCCUAGAAAGGUUGAUUUUAACUGUAUGCAUUUAAGUGAUUUACAGUUUAAGCUUCACUAACCAAUUGCCACCUCUCUUUCAUGACCACAUUUUUCUCUCACGAUGGACAGUCCAUAUAUUGACUCUUGCUUAAAAACUCUCUACAACUGCCAGCUCUCCGCAAUGACCACUUUUUUCUGCCCCCAAGGUGACUGUGUGUUGAGAAGAGGUUCAACAGUAUUUCAUUUCCCUCAUCGGUGAUAUUAUUUCACUCAUUUUUUCCCCACUUCAUAGCAUGGUGGAGUAGCAUUCUUGUACCAUCCAUGUGCAAGACAAGAUCUGAUAGAUCAGUUAAAAAGAAUGGCUGUCAGCUGUCUUCAGAGGCAUGUCAUUACACCCUAUGAACGACUAAGCCCCUGCAAGGUAAACAUAACUAUUUUAAUUCAUAGCAAGCCACCAAACUGUCUUUGGAUGUUCUGUUGGAAACUGGGAGACUAUUUUUGUACAUGGAAGACCAUGAAGUAUUAGCCAUGAUAUAUAUUUGGCCCAUUAUCAUGUAGACAUUUUGUUUUGGAUCCUAAAGUUAUUCUGUUUCCUGAGACUGAAAGGCUAAUUAAACAAAUUAAUAAUGUUAAAUAUUGUUAAUUGUAUUAUUGCAAUUUUUGCUGGCCAAAGGGUGCUCUGCUUACUUAAACUUCAGUACCAAAUCUCAUGUUUCUUAUUGAGCAGAGUAAUAGAGCGUAUUCACUCACAUGGCCAGCGUCUAUGCAGAUUUAUAGGAACAAAAGAAAUUUUUUUACUUAAGAAGAGUCCAACUCCCACAGGAUUUGUUUGGAGCACCAGUAUGGCUGCCAUGUCAUUGUUUUGGAACACCAAUAUGGCUGCUGUGACGUCAUGUGAAUACGCUCUACAGGGUUUGAGCCAGGCCGCGCCAUUGCGCCAAUGCCGCACUGCAAUUGAAAUUGUCCCUUAAAAAAACGGCCAAGGGGACAAUUUGUCCCCUUCAAAAUUUAGGGAAAAAACUCGAAAGGAAGCACAAACGAUCGAAGAGAUUUAGUUCAGUACAGAAAUUGCAAGCUAAAACAGAACGUGGAAAGUAUAUUUUAUCGCAUGUUUAAAGUUCAUUCUAAAGUCACGUUUCAGUCACGCUCUACUGAACAUGUACAGCCCAUGCUCAACCAAGCAUGGUGAACACACCUGGCAAUCUUUAACACGUCACAUCGGAAACGUGUUCGAACAUUAGAAAGCUUUUUCGCUCCAAAUCGAAGCCAGAGUGAAUCAGAGAAAAAUGAUACAGAACAAGAACAGUGUAUUAAUCAGGAAGAAACAAAUGAGGAUCGAAGGAAAGCGAAAAAAUCACGAACUCUCCAGAAAACUUGGUUGGGAGAUCAUACAUAGUUGCCAUAUGAAAAGGUGGUGUACGUCUACCAGUAAUUAAUAAAGGAAUUGAAGUUUACAAGGGGAUGCCGGGACGAGAUUCUGCGGUGAAAUGUUUUGAAGUAUAAAGCAUAGUCAUUGAUCCUCUGUUUAAAUAAAUUUAUUAUGAUGAGAAAAAAAAAGUCUCGACACCUAUAACUUAACUUUUCUUGUUUGUAUCACUUUUCUUGUAUUACAAGGAUCAGGUAAAUAUAAAUGUUCUUGUCGGCUUGCCUGUAUGAAUGUCAAAAAAAUGUUGAAUAAAAAUUAAUUUGUCUGUCCCCCUUAAAAUAAAAAUGUCCCCCAAAAUUUUAGCCAAGAGGACAAAUUGUCCCCCAGUGAUCAAAUCCUAGUUCAAACCCUGGCUCUAUUGCCUCUUAUUCAGCCAGAAUCUUCAAAGGGUUGGUUCAUGUCUUUUCAACAUACAUUUUUUUACUAGUAACACUAUAAUUAAAAUGAUUCACAUACAUUCAUUUGAUCCUGAAGGUGCCAAAAUUUACCAAUCCCUAUAUCUGUUAUACUUCCAUCUCUUAAAUUCCCACUGGCCUCUUGCGUUUGCUUCUUUAAUGUUCAUUCUAACUUCCUUGCUGACCAUUUAGUCUUGUUUUUUUUUUUAACUGUUUAGCCUAUUGCCAUGGUUGCCUGGAGCUGCUUUUACUCAUCGUCGGAGGUGAACAUUUCAGAAGGAAAACUUUGGAUCAGGGAGAAGGCCAUGAGAGGUCCAGCAAGCCAUGUGUCUGAAAAUGGCCAGUAUACUGAUGGACUCAUAAAGCCAGCAGCCACAGUUUCAGAUAAGCUUGACACUAAUCUUUGUCCAGCCAACAUAAAGGUCUGUAUUUAUGGUCUAUUUUGAUUAUCUUGUAUAUUUUUAUGUAUAGUAGUGUAUGAUAUUGGGUUUGGAACAAAGAGAAAUUAGAAAACAAAACAAAAAUAAGAUCGAAUCACAGAAUUUGCUUUUGAAGUGUACAGUAAGUACUGUUUAUAAAAACGAGCAGGAGUGUAUUAUCAGGUUUAAAAACUCGAGACGAAGCAGAGAUUGUUUACACCUGAUAAUGUGCAACUGUUAGUUUUUUUUAAUAGCUUCAAAAUCUCUGAUAUAGAUCAGCUCAUCCUUACACUGAUAUUUAAAUUUGGGGUCAUUUUGGUCUAAAAAAUUAUGAGGUAAAGUUAAGCCGUGUCUUUAUCAGAUAUAAAGACACUCAUUAAACAUAAAAAAUGUCUUUUGUUUUUUCUUUAUGAAUUAUCAAUGCAUUUUUAAACAAUGUUUGCAUGAUUGCUUUUAUUCUUUAUUACAAUGAAAUAUGUUGUAUUUAUUGUAAUGUUUGUUUGGAUUGUAGGAUGGUACUUUUCUCUACCAUAGGCAGAAACCAAACAUCGACAGGCAAACUUAAAUGUCCUCUGUCACACAAUUGAUAUGGUUUGCCUGAACCUGGCUGCGACAGCCCCUCCCCCUUUCUGUGCUCCUCAUAAAAAAAUGACCUACUAUAACACAAGUGACCACAUUACAGUUGGCAGGAGAUACUUCACUUGUGUCUUCCAUAAACUGUAGAAAAAGAAGUAAGAGGGAUCUGGACGAUGGGUUUGAAAGAGUGCUAAUUAAACAGAAUUUUUAUGGGAAGGAAAGACACAGAGAAUUAGGUGACAGUUUUCAGUUACUCACGGUUUAAAUUUCACCUUCAACAGGGCCAAACUUGACAAUUUUCUGACCUCAGUCUAUUCUCUCAUGCACUCAUGACCACAGAAUUUUGGUCCUAGGAAAUUUUCAUACAUACCUGGGUUUCUUUGGUUUGCCAACACGACAGUGUGUAUCUUAGUGAAUUUUCUUAUACCAUAGGCUUUGAGGCCUUCUAACAAGGUAGGGAAUUAAAGGGAAGGCUGAACAAAUAAGCAAGAAAAAGGAUACCAGGAGGAACAUGAUAACAGAGUGUGGUUUUAGGGAGCUCUGUUUACAUCGUGCCCUCCACGCUUUAGACUAUGAUUAAUCUGAUUGUCAUCAAUCAUAAGAUAAGUGAGUAAUGUUGAUAUUGAUUUCUUUUCAGUCUAUGCUUCCUUUGUCACAAGACCCUGAAAACAGUCAUUCCCAUGAAACACAACAUGAUCCAUCUCAAAAUGACUGGCCAAAAGACAGUGGGAAGUCCAUCUCGAUACAAAAUUCACGACUUGAAGAAGUAGUUAUUGUGAAUGAACAAAUUUCGAACAAUCGUAAAGUCGAUACUUCUAAUGCCGCUUGGGCCUUGGGGAGUUUGAUUUUUCUCUGUGCAAUUCUUGGUGGCAUGUUGAUCUACACACGGCCAUGGAAAAACAGAGACCAUUGGUGGAGAAUGGACGAUUAUAAUAGCAACACUAAAUUCAGUUUCAUGAAAACAAGAGGGCUUCGGUGGAAAAAUAGAAUGUCUCCAGGCAAAAGGACAGCAGGGUAUUCCCGAUUACUAACUGCUAUUCCAGAGGAAUUAGAAGAUGAUAUCUAGCAACAAGAUUAUUUUAUAUUUAUAUUUAAUAAUACUUGGGCCCAGUUGUUGGGAGAAAUUUGCAGAUUUAUCAACUCAAAAUAACAUAAGCCUGCACUGAAGCCGGCUCAUGCAUCAUCAGCUAAACCAUUGGAUAGUAUGAUGGUGUAGAGUGUCUUCGAUGUAGGCUAAAAUAUGGGCAAAGCAGAUUAAUUUAUGACACAUAUCCUUUGGUGAUGAAUUUAGAUUUAAGUUGGUCUAAAUUUCAGCCUUGUCUGCAUCAGACAGCCUUGUCUGCAUCAAUCCUUGAUUUUAAGUG